UCCCAUGCUUGCUGAGUCUUUAGGGAAUUUACCGCCUAUUCUAUGUCAAGUUGGAGGUGAUGAAAGAAUUCGUGACGAAGCUAUUCUAGUUUCUCAUAAAGCUGCGAGCCCUCAUGAAUAUCAAUUGCCUUCAUAUGCAACUAAAAAUUUUGAAAAAUCACCUUUUAAGAAACCUACUAAAGUUAUACUUGAAGUCUAUGAUGAUAUGCCUCAUAUCUGGCAUAUGUUCACUUUUACUAAGCCUUCACAAGUAGCAGUCGAACGUUGUUGUGAUUUUAUAAAACGCGUUACUUCUACUGAUGACAAUAAUGCUUCCAUUAUCGAUCUUAUUAAAGAAGAUGUAGUGUCCCCUUCUAUUUCUGUUUCACCCUCAUUUAUUGCAAUGAGAGUUGGUACAGAUGGUACGAUCAGAGAAUUGAAUGAAACUGAUCGGGAUUGUUUAAAAUGGGAUAAAAUUGGCGUAGUGCCUAAUCAUAAACAUUAA